AUGGCGCGCGCCCUCGCCCUCGCCGCGUGCCUCUCCCUCGCGCUCGCCGAGGACUACGACACCUACACCGGCGCCGGCAAGUGCGGCUCCCUCAGCUACUCCGGCGAGGCCUACGACGAGCUCUUCACGACGACGGUCACGGGCUCCUCCGCGGACGAGUGCGGCUCGCUCUGCGAGGCCAGCCUCGGCGACAGCCUCGUCUCCGUGUCCGCGUCCUACGACCCGUCCAGCUCCGUCGACUCCGUCGACUGCACGUGCCACUCGCUGUGCGAGUGCCUCACGGACCUCGACGACCCCUACCUCAUCGCCCUCUACUACCCGGGCUACGCGCUGCCGUCGGCCUGCGACGCGACGCCGACGGCGGCGCCCGCGGCCUCCACGGACGGCUCCGUCGACACCUACGAGACCUACGACCUCACGAGUUACGUCGACACGCUGGCGCCGGCGUCGUCGACGCUCGCGCCGACGACGACGCCGAUCACGGAGCUCUGCGCGGACGGCGACGAGUACGUCUGGUCGGAGGUCGCCGUCGCCGGCGCCACCUAUACGGUGGUGACGAUCCCGAGCGGCCUCGGCAAGGUGUCGCUCAAGGUCAGCGGCUACGCCGUCGAGGACGUGGCCGUCGUCAAGGCCAACGAGACGCUGCCCACCUACACGGCGAAGAACGCGACGGACAGCGCCUGCGACGCGAGCCGCCCCUACUGGGCCCACUUCGACGAGCACUGCUCCGCGUGCUCGGGCCGCGCGGCGCUCAAGGUCGAGACGGUCUUCUUCAUCGAGGGCCUCCUCGCGGCGGACUACGGCGACGACGUCGCGGCCUUCUUCAAGGCGUCGGUCGACGACGUCCUCGCGGCGUCCUACGGCGCCGUCGUCGAGAGCGAGGCGCUCACGCUGUCCGAGUUCGGCGAAAAGUACGCGGACGAGCUCAACAUCUCGCAGUACCUCGAGGACGACAUCUACUCCUACGCGGGCCGCAAGCUCGACGGCGCCGCGGGCCGCAAGCUCGAGGACGCCGUCUGCCAGGCCUACUCGGCCUGCGGCUGCUCCGGCGGCGAGUUCUGCAACUUCGACUACGGCACCUACGGCGGGUGCGAGCCCUGCGCGUCGCACUCCGCGGUCGACUCCUGCUACUCCGACGGCCUGCCCGACGCGGGCGCGGCGGACUGCGCGGCGUGCUGCUUCGACGGCACGAGCGACUACGACUACGAGGCAGUCACCGGCAGCGCGAGCCCUGUCGACGGCAUCAAAGUCACGAACUACAGUACGCCCGCGCUCGCCGACCUCGACGGCGACGGCGACCUCGACCUCGUCGUGGGCGAUACGGACGGCGCGCUCUUCUACUACGAGAACGUCGGGUCCGCGGCGUCGCCGACCUACUCGGCCGUCACCGGCAGCGCGAGCCCCUUCUACGGCAUCGACGUCGGUGACGACAGCACGCCCGCGCUCGCCGACCUCGACGGCGACGGCGACCUCGACCUCGUCGUGGGCGAAGAGUACGGCGCCCUCUACUACUUCGAGAACGUCGGGUCCGCGACGUCGCCGAGCUUCGAGGAAGUCACCGGCGACGCGAGCCCCUUCUACGGCAACGACGUCGGUUGGAGCAGCUGGCCCGCGAUCGGCGACAUCGACGGCGACGGCGACCUCGACCUUGUCGUGGGCGAAUGGGGAGGCACCCUCUUCUUCCUCGAGAACGUCGGGUCCGCGGCGUCGCCGAGCUACGCGGACUUCGCCUACGGCGACGCGAGCCCCUUCUACGGCAUCAACGUCGGUAACUACAGCGCACCCGCGCUCGGCGACAUCGAUGGCGACGGCGACCUCGACCUCGUCCUGGGCCAAGGGUCCGGCGUCCUCGACUACUACGAGAACGCCGGGUCUGCGACGUCGGCGAGCUACGCGACCGUCACCGGCAGCGCGAGCCCCUUCGACGGCAUCGACGUCGGUGGCUACGGUACCGACAGCACGCCCGGGCUCGGCGACCUCGACGGCGACGGCGACCUCGACCUCGUCGUGGGCGAAUGGAACGGCGAGCUCAACUACUACGAGGCCGUCGAGUCCACGAGCGACUACGACUACGACUACGACGACGACGACGGCGGCUUCUGGGCCUGUUUGGUCGGGGACUACGGCCACGAGCACCGCCGCGCGAGCGACUUCUCGUCGGAAUACUCCUACAGCGACCACGACGACGGCGGCUCCUGCCUCGGGUCCGCGGUGCUCUUCAACGUGACGUUCGACGACGCGUCGCUCUCCGCGGCCGCGGCCGUGAACCUGACGCUGGCCGCGCUGGUGCCCGCGGUCGCCGGCGGCGCCAUGACCGCGAGCUUCCAGGCCCACGGCGAGGGCCUGGACCAGGUCGCGAACUACUCGCUCGCCGUGAACGAGACGCUCGUCGCGGGGCAGGACAAGAGAGCGAAAUUCCCAACUUCAAAGGCUCCUAUCUCGGUCGUUUUCCACUCGCUCGUCGCCAUGGAGCUCCUCACGACGGCCUACGACCCGGACGCGACCGAGGCGCCCGCCGCGGCCUACUACUCGGAGUACGACCAGUACUACGACCUCUACGCGACGCCGAGCGCCGCGCCCGCCGGCGCCUACGACCAGGGCCUCUACGCGACGCCGACCGCCGCGCCCGCCGCCGGCCGCCGGCGCCUCGACGACAUCAGCUACGACAGCUACACCUACGACAGCUACACCUACGACAUCAGCUACGACAGCUACACCUACGACAGCUACACCUACGACAUCAGCUACGACAGCUACACCGGCGAGGGCUACUGCUCCGACCUCAGCGAGGUCGGGCUCGAACAUUCGGUCUACCUCUACUACUCGGCGGAGGAGUGCGGCUCGGCCUGCAUCAACUACGGCUCCACCUACGGCAUCGACUUCGUGGGCGUCCGCUACGACGACUACGGGGGGCUGGGCUACUACUGCGCGUGCCAGACUACCUGCGACUGCAAGGUUGGCCAGCUGAGUACGACCUCCGUCGCGCUCGUCCCCGCGGGCACGGACUGGGCGGGCAUUGAAUCGUGCUACGACAUGUACACUGGCUACGGCUGCGACGGCCAGUCCUACGUCGACGGCGCCGACUACGCGGACCAAGUCGGCGGCUCCAUCACCGACUACGAGGUGUGCACCUGGGCGUGCUAUCUCGCCAUGGUCGACACCUAUGGGGACUCUUCGUACAUGGUCAUGGCCGUCUUUGACGGGGCGAACUGCCUCUGCUACUACGAGUGCGACUGCGCGACCGUGGACUCGUCGCUGACGUCGAUCGCCUGGGCGGGCACGUCCGUCGACUCGCAGAACUGCGCCGGCCUCGCCGACUACGUCUCCGGCCUGGACGAGGACGACUGCGGCUCGCUCUGCGAGUCGAGUCUGGGGUCGAGCCUCGUGUCCGUGUCCGCGACCUACGACCCGACGUCCGACUACGUCGAGUGCACGUGCCACCCGUCCUGCUCGUGCCUCACGGACCUCGACGACGCCUACGCGAUCGCGCUCUACUACCCCGACUACGUCCUGCCCGACGCCUGCGGCGAUCCGACGGCGGCGCCCGCGGCCGCGCCGACGACGGCGGCCUACGACGCCUACUACGGCGAGGGCAAGUGCGCGCUCACGGGCCAGGAGACGACGGUCUCCGGCCUGGACGAGGACGACUGCGGCUCGCUCUGCGAGUCGAGUCUGGGGUCGAGCCUCGUGUCCGUGUCCGCGACCUACGACCCGACGUCCGACUACGUCGAGUGCACGUGCCACCCGUCCUGCUCGUGCCUCACGGACCUCGACGACGCCUACGCGAUCGCGCUCUACUACCCCGACUACGUCCUGCCCGACGCCUGCGGCGAUCCGACGGCGGCGCCCGCGGCCGCGCCGACGCCCGCGCCGACGAUCGCGACGACGCCCGCGCCGACGCCGCGGCCCAGCCCGUACCCGACCUACAACUUCUUCUACCCGACGAGCUUGAACUACGACACCUACCAAGGCCAGGGCAAGUGCGCGCUCACGGGCCAGGAGACGACGGUCUCGGGCUACAGCACCGACGACUGCGGCUCGCUCUGCGAGGACAGCCUGGGGUCGAGCCUCGUGUCCGUGUCCGCGACCUACGACCCGACGUCCGACUACGUCGAGUGCACGUGCCACCCGUCCUGCUCGUGCCUCACGGACCUCGACGACGCCUACGCGAUCGCGCUCUACUACCCCGACUACGUCCUGCCCGACGCCUGCGGCGAUCCGACGGCGGCGCCCGCGGCCGCGCCGACGACGGCGGCCUACGACGCCUACUACGGCGAGGGCAAGUGCGCGCUCACGGGCCAGGAGACGACGGUCUCCGGCCUGGACGAGGACGACUGCGGCUCGCUCUGCGAGUCGAGUCUGGGGUCGAGCCUCGUGUCCGUGUCCGCGACCUACGACCCGACGUCCGACUACGUCGAGUGCACGUGCCACCCGUCCUGCUCGUGCCUCACGGACCUCGACGACGCCUACGCGAUCGCGCUCUACUACCCCGACUACGUCCUGCCCGACGCCUGCGGCGAUCCGACGGCGGCGCCCGCGGCCGCGCCGACGCCCGCGCCGACGAUCGCGACGACGCCCGCGCCGACGCCGCGGCCCAGCCCGUACCCGACCUACAACUUCUUCUACCCGACGAGCUUGAACUACGACACCUACCAAGGCCAGGGCAAGUGCGCGCUCACGGGCCAGGAGACGACGGUCUCGGGCUACAGCACCGACGACUGCGGCUCGCUCUGCGAGUCGAGUCUGGGGUCGAGCCUCGUGUCCGUGUCCGCGACCGUCGACCCGUCGUCGUCGUCCGACUACGUCGAGUGCACGUGCCACCCGUCCUGCUCGUGCCUCACGGACCUCGACGACCCCUACGCGAUCGCACUCUACUACCCGGACUACCAGCUGCCCAGCGCCUGCGGCGCUCCGACGGCUGCGCCCGUGCCCGCGCCGACGCCCGCGCCGACGAUCGCGACGACGCCCGCGCCGACGCCGCGGCCCAGCCCGUACCCGACCUACAACUUCUUCUACCCGACGAGCUUGAACUACGACACCUACCAAGGCCAGGGCAAGUGCGCGCUCACGGGCCAGGAGACGACGGUCUCGGGCUACAGCACCGACGACUGCGGCUCGCUCUGCGAGGACAGCCUGGGGUCGAGCCUCGUGUCCGUGUCCGCGACCGUCGACGGGACGUCCGACUACGUCGAGUGCACGUGCCACCCGUCCUGCUCGUGCCUCACGGACCUCGACGACUACUACGCGAUCGCGCUCUACUACCCGGACUACGUGCUGCCCGACGCCUGCGGCGCUCCGACGCCCGCGCCGACGCCCGGGCCGACGCCCGCGCCGACGCCCGCGCCGUCGCCGUUGCCCCUGUCGCCGACGGCCGCGCCCUUCUGCACGCAGUCGCCGACGGCGGCGGCGGAGCACGACACGCUCUACCUCGACAUCGAGUCCGCCGACGCGGACCUGCUCGUCUACGUCACCGCCAAGUCGCAGGUCUACGACGCCUACGCGGACUGGAGCGUGUCCGUCACGGCGACGACCGCGUCCUGCGGCGGCCACGAAAGCGACCACGACCUCGUGGACCUCGGCGAGGACUCGGCCAUCGCCAUCACGGUCGCGACGACCGUGGCCAUCGCGGCGUCGACGGCCGCGGGCGUCGCCGGCGCCGUCGGCGGCGGCGCGGGCGGCGGCGCGGCCGCGUCGGGCUCGUCGAGCUCGACGCUCGACAGCGCGGGCGACCUGCUCUCCGUCAUCGCCCAGGUCCAGUUCGUCGUGCUGGCGAGCUCGCUGUCGAUCCCCGUGAAGGAGGGCUUCCGCGACCUCGGCAAGUCGCUCCGCUGGAUGAACUUCCAGGUCGACCUGGGCUGGGUCCCGGGCAUGCCGCGCUUCGGCACGCGCUACGACGACCCCGACAGCGACGACGAGGACCGCCGGCGCCUCAAGGAGGAGGCGAAGAAGGGCAUCCAGGCCUACCUCGCGACGACGGGCAACUCGGCCGAGGAGAUCCUCGUGCAGACCAUGGUCUGCGGGUUCCUCUUCAUGGUCUUCCUCGUCUCCGCGCACCUCGCGCUCAACUCCUACCUCGUCGCGCGCCAGCGCCGCAAGGGCCACGACGACUACGAGCUGCCGGGCAUGCUCCACUUCCCCGUGCCCGAGCUCGCGGCGUUCUGGAUCUACUUCACGGGCGCCCUGCAGGCGGGGCUCAACGUGCUGCUGUCCGACGACGCGACCUACCCCUGGCGCAUCGUCGCGUCCGUGCUCGUCGCGUCCGUGCUCGCGGUCAUGGUCUUCAUCUGCCUGCUCGUCAUGAACCCCGUCGCGCGGAACCGCCUCGUGCCCUGGCGCGCGCGCCACAAGGUCCACAAGCGUCUCGCGAACCGCAACGCCGUCGCCAAGGGCGGCGGCGCGCCCCAGCGCGCCGAGUCCUACGACCCCCUCUUCAUCCCCGACGGCAAGGCGGACCGCGACGACGGCGCGGUCGUCUUCGUCCUGGAGGACCGCGGCACGCUGACGUUCAAGGACCGCUGGAGCAAGGCGUACCGCGACCCGCAGCACCAGCUCGGCGGGUGGCAGGCCGUCGACGGCGGGUCCUACGCCGCGUGGCUCAUCGAGACCUUCCCCAUGGUCUUCGACCGCCUCACGAACGCCGUGUCGUUCUUCGUCUUCGACGUCGUCAUCGACAAGAUCUUCUUCAUGCUCCUGCUCGUGCUGCUGAGCGGCACGGACGGCACGAUCCAGCUCGCGGCGGCCCUCGCCUUCGCCGUCAUCAAGGUCGCCAUCCUCUUCGUCUACCUGCCCUUCAACUCCAUGCUCAGCAACCUCCGCGAGCUCAUGACGGCGACCGGCCGCGUCAUCGUCUUCCUCGUGCCGCUCUACGCGUGCCUCCCGGGCCUCGCGGACACGCUGGGCCUGCCGGAGCUGGGCUGGGAGAAGGCGUCGAAGAUCAUGCUCCUCACGAACCUCGCCGCGACGAUGGGGUCGCUCGCGCUCCAGCUCCUGAGCACGCUGUCCAUCGCCGUCGCGGCCGCGUGGGCCCUGUGCGCCGCGCCCGCGGACCACGCGACGAACGCGGCGGAGAAGGGCGUCGAGCUCGCGGCCAAGGUGCCCGUCGCGGGCGUGCCCGCGGCCGUCGCGGGCAAGCUCGCCUUUGCGGCGGCCCAGGGCGUCGCCGAGUCGCUCACGGAGCCCUUCCUCACGUACCAGACGGCCUUCCGCGACAAGCGCGACGAGCUCCGGGCCCAGGGCGCCGCCGUCGUCGUCAAGCACUGCCACCGCCACGGCCUCGGCGAGGCCUUCCCGGAGGUGCACGACAUCGCGCUCGACGUCGCCAUGGGCAUGAUCGCCGACGCCAUCACGGCCAAGGUCUGCGACCAGCUGCCCAAGCAGGACCCGGCCUUUGUGGUCCUGCCGCGCGCGGCCAUCGAGGAGACCGUGGGCUUCCUCGCGGGCGAGGCCGUCGGCGCGUGCUUCGGCGCGGCGCUCGAGAAGCUCGAGGGCAACGGCGGCGACGUCGACGAGCUCGAGGCGCCCAAGGGCCCGGAGAUGGAGGAGGACGGCGGCGAGGGGUCCUUCGAGGACGACGAGAAGCACAUCGUCGUCCACGACCCCAUCGUCCGCCUCUUCCGCAAGCCCCUCGGCAAGAAGAAGGCGCCGCGGCCCGUCUCCGUCGACAAGCCCCAGGUCGCCGAGGAGAUCCCGGAGGUGCCGUCGGCGCCGCCGUCCAAGGCCAUCGCCCUCGUCGACGACGAGGAGGCGCCGGGCGUCCAGCUCGGCGUCGCGCCGGGCGUCGACCUCCCGCGCCUCGACUCGGCCGUGACGCCCAAGGCCCCGAUGACCUUCGGGUGGCCCGGGUGGCCCACCUGCCAGUUCCAGUCCGUGCCGUCCGCGAUCUCGCCGGGCUUGAGGCCGCGCCAGCGCAGCGUGAAGACGUGGUCGUCCUGGACCCAGGACAUGAGGCUCACGAGGAGCCAGGUCUGCAGAGCGAAGGCGGCGAUCACGUUCCAGUAG